CAUGGGAAAACUAUAAAGCAAUUUGUAGGCCUUGAUGUCACCGCUACCUUCUCACGGUUGCGUGAUCCUGGGACGGCGCUGAGGCGGUUUGAUCCCCUGGGACUAGAAAACAUCUGCCAUGUCAAACAAAAUUCCCGUUUUACAAGUCUUAGACAUCGUGUUGCUGAUCUGGAAGGCCUCGGAGCGCAGGUCUGUGGCUCCCUACUACACCUGCUUUCCCUCGACCUCUCAAACAACAGUAUCGCCAACGUCACCUCUCUUGACCUCGCCACAUACCCGUCUCUGCAGGAUCUCAACCUCUCUCACAACGCCCUAAAAAAAUUCCCUCUCAACAUAACCGAUCUAUUGCCUAGACUCAAGACUCUGAACGUCAGUUCCACUUCCAUAAGAAAUUUAACCAGUGGGACCUCGGGACUGUGUAUUAUUUUCGGAGACAACUCUAUGGUGAACUGCAGCCACGGUCAAGGCGGGGAAAAGGAAGGUCAAGGGAAGCCCGAGGUCCUCUGGCAGGUGAACUGCAGCCACGGUCAAGGCGGGGAAAAGGAAGGUCAAGGGAAGCCCGAGGUGAACUGCAGCCACGGUCAAGGCGGGGAAAAGGAAGGUCAAGGGAAGCCCGAGGUCCUCUGGCAGAACUGCAGUUGCCCAGAUCAUACAAUCUCGAUAAUAGUCAGUGCCGCCAUCAUCAUAGCAGUCAUAUUCUGCGUGUGUAUCAUGUAUGUCAGGCGUUGGUACUCCCCUGGAGGAUACACCACGAAGGAGAUUGAAGGCACGAGUGAGUGCAAGUACUCAGUGUUCGUUGUCCACUCCUCAAAAGACCAUGAGAUGGUUCGAGAAAACCUUAUCAUACCACUUUUCCAACGCGGAUACAGUGUAGCCUGGCACGAGAAUGCGUUUGUUCCCGGGGCGUGGAUAUUGGAGAACAUAGAGAGAGCGGUGAGAAAUUCGGAAAAGAUGGUGGUCUUUGCAACUGACAAUCUUGCAACAAGCAGGUGUUCUCUGCAAGAGAUUCGUCGCGGGCGUUGCGAGGAAAUGGACAGAGAAGAAUUCAAGGUUAUGGCUUUGGUCACGAAAACGCUACCGAGGGUGCUGGCGAAGGACCUGUACGAGGUCGUCGCCCUGCGCACGCACAUCCAGUACAGCGACAGAGACUACAUCGAGAAGAUCUGCCGCUUCCUGCGCCCCCCGCGACCGGCUCCGGUGCAGGACGCCCCCCUUUUGAGCGCCACCAAUAUCCGGUCGCAUCUGGAUCGCUUUGAUGAAAUGCGGAGAGGACACAGGGAUCGGAGCAUGUCUGAGGUAGUGCAUUUGCAUCGCGAUAAUGAGGGUUAUGUCAUCGACCAGUACACCGCGUCUAUCAACAAAGGAGCGAGGGUGUCACCCUGGUCACAGAUGUCGCAAGAGGAUCGGGUUCAGAUGCUUUUAAAAUACACGAAGAGCCCAGAAAUGCCGACAGAAAGCUACGCAGAAACAAGGAGUGUAAGCUACGUGUUAAUGGAUCAGGAAAACGACGGUAACGAGGAUGAAGAUUCGUUCCAGUUGGUCACUUCCUCCAGGUUCUUCAUCACAAGAACUUCCUGUCGGUUCUGAGAGGGAGAGGGAGAGAAAGCAAGAGAGUGAGUGAGAGUGAAUGAGAGAGUAGAAGAGCGAGAGAGCAACAGAGCAAGAAAAGAGAACAAGAGAGCGAGAGAGAGAGAGAGACAGAGAUAGACAGAUAAAGAUAGAAAUAUAUGUAUAUGUAUAUAUAGAGAGAGAUCAAGAGAGCAAGAUGGAGAGAGAGAGAUCAAGAGAGUAAGAGAGUAAAAGAGAGAGAGAGUGAGCAAGAGAGGACGAGAGAGAGCAAGAGAAAAAGGGAGAGCGAGAGGGCAAGAGAGAGAGAGAGCAAAAGAGAGAAAGAGUGCAAGAGCGAGAGAGGGGGGGGGGAGCAAGGAGGGAGAGAACAAGAGAGAAAGAGCGAGAGACAAAUUGUCUAUAUAUCUACUUGUAUGCAUGUGCAUCUAGAAUCGCAUACAUUUAAUGAUACAAUCAAAUUAUACAAUUGCCUGUAAGCUAGCUAUUAUGUUCACCCAUUGGUUUGUCUAUCUGUAUGUCUGUCUGUCGAUGCAUUAUCACGCAUAUAUACAUGGAGAGAGAGAGAGUGAGAAAGAGAGAGCGUGAAAGAGAGAGAAACAGAGUGAAAGAGAGAGCGAGAGAAAGAGAAAGAGAGAGAGCAAGAGAGCGAGGGAAAACAAGGGAGCAAGAGAGGACAAGAGAGAGAUGUGUAUGUAUAUGUACCUGUUAGUGUGAAUAUACCUUUUAGUUAAUAUUGGA